AAGGAAGAAAACUGUGUCGGUAAACAUUUCCUCUGCUGCGUGAGCGCUGGCCAACAACAUUUCUCAUGUCAACAAACUAGUGAUCGUUGACAGUUGAGCAAGACUCUCUUGUCGGAGCGGGCAGCGCCGCUGACAGAUGCUGAAGGGGAGAGUCGUGAUUGGUCCGCCGCGGUGGGUGUUUCCGCAUUCCGCGAAGAGCUGUCAGUGAGGAGCGCAACUUGGAGCGGACACCGUCGCGUCCGCGAGGAGACCUCUUCAGUCACUCCCAGGAGAAUAAAGGACCGCGGCCGCAGGAGAGCAGGAUGCCUUACAUACUCAUCAGUACGCAGAUCCGACUGGAGACUGGGCCAACAAAUGUGGGCGAUGAAUUUUCUGAUCCGGCUCUCAUGAAUUACCUAGGAGCAAGGAAAACCACCAUGCUGGGAAAUAAUUUUUCCGAGUACCAUGUGGAUGACCCGCCUCGCCUCGUGCUGGACAAGCUGGAGAAGAUCGGCUUCCGCGUGCUGACGAUGACCGGCGUGGGGCAGACGCUGGUGUGGUGCCUCCACAAGGAGACGGAGUGAAGCGACUGUGGAUUGUGUCAGAGCAGCUGUAAAAGCCUUAAAGGGAGAAUUGUACUGAAAAGCUUGGUCGCCUGUUUGUAUUACUUGACUUGCUCUGUUUUUGACUCAUUGAAAGCUGCAAAAUCACGUCUUUACAGUUAAGAUUAUCCCUCACAUCGAUAUGGCUUCAGAUUACUUUGAAUAGGUGAUAGGUUACUAAUUUCAGGGAAUAACAAAACCACAUUCCGGAGAUUUUAUGUUUUAGGUUCUUUGCGAUGUUGCUGCUGUUUACUACUAGAUACCAAAUAGAGAAAGUAAAGUAGUUCACUGUACAGUAUAUAUCAUGUCAUCGCAUCCAGCAGUUCUCCUUCUCUUCUGUCUCAGUCUUUGUAUUUCCAGCACUGUGUAAAGAUGUAUUUUUUAUCGUGCGUUUAUGAUGUGGAUUAUUUGUGUACUUAAUAAUAAAACAAUUCACAGACCAGA